GAAAAGGCACAUAUCAACGUUGUGGUGAUCGGACACUUGAAUUCUGGAAAGUCAACCACCACAGGUCACUUGCUAUACAAGCUAGGUGAAGUCGACAAGCUUUUGAUCGAACGGUACGAGAAAGAGGCUGCCGAGAUGGACAAACCUUGUUUCAAAUACGCUUGGGCGUUGGACAAGCUGACGGCAGAGCGUAAACGUGGGAUCACUAUCGACAUAUCUUUGUCAAAAUUUGAGACUGCCCGUUACAUUGAUGCUCCUGGGCAUCUUGACUUUAUUAAAAACAUGAUCACUGGAACCUCCCAGGCUGACUGUGCCCUUCUCAUCAUUGACUCCACCUUUGCUGCUUUUGAAUAUGGAAUCUCUGUCGGACAGACUCGUGCACACGUUUUGCUUGCGUUCGUGCUUGGUGUCAAGCAAUUGAUUUGCUGCUGUAACAAGAUGGAUGCUACUGAACCCAAAUACUCGAAAUCUAGGUUUGACGGAAUUGUCGAAAAAUUGACUUCCUACUUUAGGUCAGUCGGAUACGAUCCUGGUAAAGUCCCAUUUGUCCCGAUUUCUGGUUUUGAGGGCGAGAACAUCUCUGAGAGGUACACGGGCCCGACUCUACUUGAAGCCAUUAACCAGAUCAAUGAGCCAAAAAGACCAUCUGACAAGCCUCUCCGCCUUCCACUUCAUCAUGUCUACAAGAUUGGUGGGAUUGGAACCGUGGCGGUGGGACGUGUUGAAACCGGUGUGAUCAAGCCAGGUAUGGCGGUCACUUUUGGCCCAACUGGUUUGACCACUGAAGUCAAAUCUGUAGAGAUGCACAACAAAGCACUGCGUCAGGCGUCGCCAGGAGACAAUGUCGGUUUCAAUGUUAAGAAUGUGAAGGAUCUUAAACGUGGGUACGUUGCUUCAAACUCUGAGGAUGACCCUGCAAAGGGUGCUGCUAGUUUUACUUCUCACGUCAUCAUCAUGGACCACCCGAGUCAGAUUAGAAAAGGGUAUACAGCAUUGCUUUGUUGCCAUACUUGUCACGUUGCUGUCAAGUUUGCUCAACUGUUGACCAAGUUUAACCGCAAGUCUUUUAAGGAGUAUGAUCCGCAACCCAAGUGUUUGUAUAGUGGUGACGCUGGAUUUGUGAAGAUGGUUCCAACAAAGCCGAUGGUGGUUGAGACUUUCUCCGAAUAUCCUCCAUUGGGUCGGUUUGUUGUGAGGGACAUUAGGCAGACCGUUGCUGUGGGCGUGAUCAAGAGCGUGGAUAAGAGGGAUCCAACUGGGUGAAUGGUGGUUAGCCCAAUAUGUACGUGUGACUUAAUAAGCAGGUUAACAAAAAACAAAUUAAGAUUCAUAUAGCAGGUUAACUUAGUAUAGCAGGUUAAUUAUGAGUUAAUAACAUAUAUACAUAUUGUGUGUACUUGAUCAGCAAUGAAAGCAAGCGCUUUUAAAAUUU